AGGGUAGCUUGUUAUGUAGCCAUCUAGCCGUGGAGGGGUGUGCUAUCUGCUGGUUUUGUAACAGCCUAAUGUGACACUGGAUAAUAUACACUUCACGUGCCCAAAGGCGUCGUCGCUUAUUUAUUUGACCUGUUAACGUUAUGUUUAUUUUUGCAUGUGCUUUGAGCGCAGACGACGUGGACAUGCUAAUAUUAGCUGAGUAGCUACCUAGCUAGCCAGCUAGCUAACCUAGUGACAAGUGCUCUUCCAAAAUACUUAUUGCAUCAAAAACUGGACUUAUAGGCACACCCAGGUGAAGGACGAUUUAAUGGGUUGUGUCAGAGCUAUGGCAUCGACCAGGUUACUGUGUUUGCUCAACGCGAGAGUAGCAGACUCGACCAAAACAUUAGCCAGGGCAUGCUGGAGUGUGCGCCCCAGGAGACAUAUAGGCAGUUCACCUUCAAGACUGCAUGGCUGUAUGUCAGCUUGGAUCAUUGAUCAGUACAGUACUAAUGGAGUUUUGAAGUACACAGAAGAAGUCCCCGUCCCCACUGUCAGUUCUCCCAGUGAGGUGAUGAUUAAAGUCCAUGCGGCUAGUCUCAACCCUCUUGAUACAUCUAUGAGGGGUGGUUAUGGAGCUAAAUUGCUUAAAUUAAGAAGGGAUCCAAUGUCUGUGAUGGACAGUGAUAGUGAGUUUCCUCUGAUUCUGGGUCGUGAUGUGUCUGGUGUAGUGGUGGACUGUGGAUCUGAGGUUACCCACGUUGUUCCAGGAGAUGAGGUGUGGGCUGCUGUUCCCCCAUGGAAACAAGGGAGUCUGGCAGAGUUUGUGACUCUAACAGAGUAUGAGGUUUCCCAUAAGCCAAAAUCAUUGAGUCACACCGAGGCGGCAUCAAUCCCCUAUGUAGCCAACACGGCUCUGUCUGCACUCGUCAACGCAGGCGGUCUUUGCAGAGACAGCUCUUCAAAUAAAAGAGUUUUGAUCACUGGAGGGUCGGGAGGCGUUGGCACGUUUUCUAUUCAGUUAUUGAAGGCCUGGGGUGCCCACGUAACCGUCACCUGCUCACAGAAUGCCGAAGGCCUCGUUAGAGGGCUGGGGGCUGAUGAGGUGGUGGACUACACAGCAGGAGAUUCACUUGAACAGCUAGAAAUGAUGGAAAGGUUUGACGUGAUUUUGGAUAACGUGGGUGGGGAAACAGAGCAGUGGGCGAUGGGCCUGCUGAAGCCCUGGUCUGGGGCAAAGUACGUCACACUGGUAACACCUUUACUCCUCAACACCGAUUCCCUGGGCCUACUGGACGGGAUGUUUCAAGCUGGAUUCUCCCUGCAGAGCAAGGCCAUACAGAACAUAAUAUCAAGUGGAGUCUUCUAUCGGUGGGGAUUUUAUGCGCCAGAUGGACCUGCCCUGGAUGAGGUCAAGAAGCUGGUGGAUGCAGGGAAGAUCCUGCCCGUAGUGGAGGCCCAGUUUCCAUUUACCCAGGUGCCCCAGGCUUUUCAGAAGUUGGAGAAUGGCCACGCCAGAGGGAAGACGGUAGUCAGGGUGGCUGAACAGGAUGACAAACGGGCCGAGGAGUUGGUGCAGAACGGUCGCUCAGAGUCUGAGCAAGAAGUACGAGAAGCGGCCAACCAAAACUAGAGACAGUAAGCAGAGUGCCAAAUGAAUUGAGCUGUGAUUCGUCUCACCUUUUUAAAAGGCUACUCUUGACAGCAGCAGACUAUUAACCAAAGAGAGCAGAGGUGCUGCUGUUAUGCAGCAGACUACAAGCGUGACCUGAGCGUGCCAACUAUUGCUAUUGUUAUUCCUUCCAGUACUGUCCUGAAGUUUUCACAAGGUGUUUUGAGUUAUGCAGCAUUCCUGUAAUGGUGAAGUUAGCAUGAUUACCAGCCGUGGACUUAUGAAUGCCAUGUAGGACAGCACCCAGCUGGUACAGCUUUUGGUAGCUUUCUGAUUGCUGCAAUCUAUCCACUAAGGAGUCGCAUAAUAAACUUGGAGGGCACUCGGAGAGGGUAGACCAUCCGUCAAGAACAAUCCUCUCCUAAUCGGUUUUUCCUCGGCCCAUGCUACAUAUACUCUUCCAACAAGUUUCAUAAAGUCAUAAAUCGGGGGCCAGUUGUUUUUCUGUAAUCCUGCUGACAGACAGACGUACAGAACCAAACCGAAAACGUGGUGGAGGUAAAAAAAAUGAACCGUUCAAUCUGAAGCAUUAAGUCUGUACCUUGUUGUAAACCAAGUGCUGCUCAAUGUGCUGUACCAUGUAUUGAACACAUUUAUUGACAAAAAUACGUUUAUUAUUCUGAAAACGAAAGAGUUGUGUGCUAUGUAAUUUUGAUUAAACAAAGAAAAAGUCAUGA